UGACAAAUCACAUGAUAUCCUACAGUAGUUUACAGAAAAAUGAAGGAAAGCCACAGAGGCUGGACAUGAGCAGCCUAUGAUGACUUUUAAUACUAUAUGUAAGGACCGGUCAGCUCACAACAUAGGUUGAGUGCUCUGGUUUUAUUUGUAUUUAUUUUUAUUCAUAACCAAGGUACUUAUUUCCUGCUCUGCUAUGUAGCUAGCUAGGUAAGGUUGAGGUUUGAUAGUCAGUAAUCAGGACGCGUCACUGAUUAGCAUCUGUAACAUUUAUUAACUUGUCGACGGUAUUCGUUAAAACAGUUAGCUUGAUUUUAUGAUCAAAGCUGGGGCUGGCAGCUCGCUCUGAAAUUAUCCAGAGCACUUUAUUCAGAGGCGGGUUUCACAAUGACAGAACGGACUCCUCUCCUCCACUACCGGCUCUCCGCCAGCGUCAAUGAAUCCGAGCCGCGGCCACCUCCGGCCAGCCAGGCCCUGGAGCAGCACCCGGGCAGCUCCAGGCAGAGGGCGACCCAGCAGCGGCAACCGAAGAAACUGUCCAUCUUCUUCGGUGUGGUGAUCCCUACCUUGCUGUCAAUGUUCAGCGUGGUAUUGUUUCUGAGAAUAGGGUUCGUGGUUGGUCAGGCUGGACUGUACCAAGCUAUUGCCAUGUACCUGGUGGCCUACUUCAUCAUCUGUAUGACUGUAUUGUCAGUCUGCGCCAUCUCCACCAAUGGAGCCCUGGAUGCUGGGGGAGCCUACUACAUGAUCAGCCGAGCGUUGGGCCCAGAGUUUGGUGGCAGUAUCGGCAUCAUGUUCUUCCUGGCUAAUGUGUGCGGCAGCGCUCUCUAUGUGCUGGGUCUGGUUGAAGCAAUUGUGGCCACCUUUGGAGUACCAGAAGACGGGACACUGGCCACUUCUGCCUACCAGGUUCUGCCGGCGGGCUACUGGUGGUCUCUUCUCUACGCCACAGCCGUCGCCCUGCUCUGCCUGCUGGUGUGCAUGGUGGGAGCCCACAUCUACGCCAAGGCCACCUUCCUCAUCUUCCUGGUGGUCAUGUUUGUCCUGGGCACCAUCUUCAUCAGCUUCUUUGCCGUUGGGCCUCGUACCAUCACCCUGCCCAGUUUUCCAAACCCGGCCAACGGAACAGGCCCCGUGUUUCCCACCUCAGCAAACUUCACUGGCUUCAAGUUGGACACGCUGCUGGGGAACCUGUGGGCUCAAUACACCUUGGAUUACACGACAAGAACCACGAUGAACUUUGCCACUGUUUUCGCUGUCAUGUUUAACGGCUGCACCGGCAUCAUGGCUGGUUCUAACAUGUCAGGCGACUUGAAGAAUCCUAGCUACUCCAUCCCCCGUGGCACCAUCACUGCUGUCAUCUUCACCUUCAUCAUCUACAACCUGCUCAGCGUGCUGGUGGCUUGCUCCUGUGACCGUGUGCUGCUUCAGAGGGAUUACAGCUUCCUCAGAGACAUCAACGUCUGGAGACCCUUCGUCACUGUCGGGGUUUAUUCCUCCACCCUCUCCGCUGCCAUGAGCAACCUCAUCGGAGCCUCACGCAUCCUCUACGCCCUGGCCAGGGAUGACUUGUUUGGUAAGGUGUUGUCUCCUGCUAAGAAGACGUCCCACAGUGGUAACCCCUGGGUCUCUGUGCUUAUCUCCUGGUUCCUUGUGCAGCUGGUGCUGUUUUCAGGGAAGCUCAACAAUAUCGCCAGUAUUGUGACCAUUUUCUUCCUGUUGGUGUAUGCUGCCGUGGACUUGGCGUGCCUUGCUCUGGAAUGGGCCUCUGCACCUAAUUUCAGGCCCACCUUUCGGUACUUCACCUGGCAUACGUGUGUGUUAGGCAUCGUGGGCUGCGCUGUCAUGAUGUUCCUCAUCAACGCUAUCUACGCCUCAGCCAGCAUCGCCUUCAUGCUGCUGCUGCUUCUGCUGAUUCACUACCUCAGUCCCACCUCCAGCUGGGGCUACAUCAGCCAGGCUCUCAUUUUCCACCAGGUGCGGAAGUACCUGCUGAUGCUGGAUGUGAGGAAGGAUCACGUCAAGUUCUGGAGGCCUCAGGUCCUGCUGAUGGUUUCCAACCCUCGCAGCAGCGUGGGCCUCAUCACCUUCAUCAACGAUAUCAAGAAGAGCGGCCUCUACGUGCUGGGACACGUCCAGCUAGGAGAUCUCAACACUUUACCGUCAGACCCUCUGCAAUCCCAGUACGACUCCUGGCUGUCACUGGUGGACCAUCUGAACAUCAAAGCCUUUGUGAACCUGACUUUGGCUGAUUCUGUGCGUCACGGUAUCCAACAUCUCCUGUUCAUCUCCGGACUAGGUGGGAUGCGCCCCAACACCCUUGUCCUAGGUUUCUAUGAUGACUAUCUUCCGAAGGACAAGCUGAUCGAUCCGUCACUCUGUACCAGUCAGUCCACAGAUCCCUCAUGUCCCUCUGAGGAGCUCGAGCAACAACCCCCCCUCUUCCACUUUGCCUCCCUGCGUGGUUCCAGCGACAGGAAGGAUUAUGGGGAAUUCGGGGACGGGAAGGUUCUGGGCCCUCAGGAAUAUGUAGCGAUCAUUGCUGACGCCAUGAAGAUGCUUAAAAAUGUGGUACUGGCCCGUUACUUCAACAACUUUGACCGAGCCCAGGUCCUCUCACCGCCCUCCUCCUUUCCAGGAAAGGGAACUGUGUACGUUGACGUCUGGCCAGUCAACCUCCUGCGUCCGGACAGUUGUAGCUACGUCGAUACCUGCUCUCUGUUCCUGCUACAGCUAGCAUGUAUCCUCAACAUGGUCCGAGCAUGGCGCAAAGCUACGCUACGUCUCUUCCUUUGCGUGGAGGAAGGACGAAGCGUGAGAGGCUCGGAGGAGAAGCUGGGCCAGCUGUUGAAAGAAUUGAGAAUUAAAGCUCAGAUCUACCCCGUGCCCUGGGACCAGCAGGCGGCACUACACUGGCAGCGCCAAGGCGAGUGGAGCAAGAAACUGCCGUCACAGUCCCCUGAUACCGCCAAAGAAGAGAAGACGCCGAGAACAGAGGAGGAGGAUAACGAAGACGAUUAUGUCAACAGCUUCCCAAGCAACACCACACGCCUGUCGGAUGACUACCUGUCAGCUGUCAAUAAGCUGAUCCUGGACCAGGCCCGGCCACCGCCUGCUGUGCGUUUCCUAUAUUUGCCCCGCCCCCCAGCUGACACCCGUCGCUAUACUGCCUACUUACGCCAGCUGGAGUUGCUGACUCAGGACCUGGGACCCACGCUGCUCAUCCACGGUGUCACACCUGUCAUCACCACUGACCUUUGAAAACAUUUAAUGAAGUGUGCCUUACAUGCUGAGGGCUGCUGAGUUUUGCAGUGUCCCCACCAGCUGCUGAUCUUCCUCUCAACAGGUGUGUGGAGCACUUUUAGUGCAGCAUCACCACAGACCUCAGCAGUUCUGACCCGGUGCUCACCCCUUGAAAUUUGACCCAGACUGAGAGAUCACAGCUGACUCACAGAUCCCAUCUGCACUGCCUUGCACAAUAUGGACCAAUGUAGAACAAUGUCUCCCUAGAAACACAGUCUAUUUUAAGAAUAUUUCAAAUGAAGACCAGAUAUCACAUUGUAUAUCUUGGUUACUUAGAGAUCAAAGAAAAUCCUGACUGGUAUUUCCAACAAGCACCUGAAGGCACCGUAAUGUAAUUUGUUAGGUCAGCUUUAAGCAUGACACAAUGAGACUGAUGGAAAGUACCAAAGUAAAGUCAGUAUGGGGGGGGAGGGCAUAUCAGAUGAACAUACAAACUGUGGCCAAUCUGAGCCAACAGGUCCACAGGCGAAAAUCUCUACUCAUUUAAAUCACCAAUCCACCGCUGUCACUCCAUCAACUAGUUAAUCACCUCUACAGUAGAGACAGCAGUCUAAUUGUCUUCUGACUCCCCUUGUUCCUUUUCUAAUGUUAUUUAAUUUUUUUCGGUGUGCUGCUGCUGCUGCUCACAUUUCCUAAAAUGAUCAUUCCAUAUGCCUUCAGAUCAAAAAGUGCCUUGCUAGUUAGGGAGCUUAAGUUUGGAAUCAGUCCACCACAGACAGGAAGUUGGACUGCAUUACACCUCAGAGCAGUAACUUUCAGGAAAUCUGCUUUUCCAUUUUAGAGGUUAAAACAAAGGACACAAUUGAACAGUAAUGGCAACGGUGCUUCUAUAGAAGUCUUAAAGAUUUGUUCCAAAAAUCCUUGUAUGUUGCAUCUCAGGAAGACAUUCCUCUUUUUUUCCCAAAUGCACUUUUGUCCUUCCUCUGCCAAACUGCAUGUUGUGCAGAUCUCCAAAAUUACCUUAAAAUGUUUACAGCACCAAUAACUACUGUGAUUAGCCACAAUAUUUUAUUGAUUGUUUUUAUGUAUUUUAGGUACUUUCUAACUUUUAGAAUUGUUUUUACUCACUAGUGACUGUGUUGUUUGAGCAGCCUGGAUACUGACAUGCCUAAAUGAGUUUUAAUAUCCGCUACAGCCUUUACCACAGAGUUUCUUGCAUUUAAGCAGUAUCAUCACAGUGUUACCUGAAGCAUGGUGUGACGUAGUAUUUCCAGUCGCUGACACAUUGAUAGUACGAUCUCUACAUCAGUUACAGCUUUAUUUUAUUGUCUGAAGGCUUGAGAUCCUUGAAUUUUGAGUCUUGGAAGCCACUACAGAUAAAACAUGUUUAUUUAGUUCAUCCUGACAAUCUUCACCACACUGACUGACACAUCUGUAGGGUCCAAGUUCAUAUUUGACAAAAGGCCGGUUUAUUUGGAUUUGGACUUAUCUGGACAUCCUUGUGUUUGAAAUGAGAUCUAUGUUUACUUGUGGGCCAAUCGGAUCCAUCCUAUUUCAAUGGACAGGUCCUUGUUUGGACACUACACUCCUCAACAAACUAUUGACACUACAUUUCUUCAAAUCUUUGUCCUGGAUUUCUGUUCAAGGAGUGCAAAAAAUACUGCAGGACACACUCAUUUAUUGAAGAAAUGAAAUGUUCAGUGUUUGAAUUAAUGUUGAAAUCUGAAAAAUAUAUAUAUACUUUACAAGAUGUAAACUGAA